GCUGGCUUUAAAAUGGGCUCCUUUUUACUGUUCAUAUUGUUCAUAUGUGCUGUCGAGAUUACACCAUCAGUCUCAUGGUCAUCAUGCAGAGGUGAUUGUUAUUUUGGUGAUUAUUUGCUGGUAAGGCGCCACUACUAUCACCCAACAUGUCCGUUACUUUUAAAGCUACAUGGACAUUGGGCAGUCAAUUCUCAUGAGCCUUGUUUUUCUAAAGCCUGUGAACUUGGUGGCAACGUAGUGCACUUUAGGCGAGGGAAACAAUGCUUUAUAUACAAAUGUGAAUCAAAUGAGGCCAACACUGACUGGGACUACAAAUGGCAACACAGGGGAAUAUGGGGACUUGUAUACGCAAAACCUCAUCCUUCCACACCCAACUGCGCCAACUCCAUAUACA